UCGAAAGAUUGCAGAAUCUGAGAAGAAAAGAGAAAGUAAUGGGAAAAAAAGAGAGAGAAAGGAUUGUCAAUGCCAAACCAAAUGUCCGUCGAUUAUAUGCAUCGUUCAAGGUCGAGGGGCGGCUGAGACGAACCUGACGCCGCCCUGGAAGCUUCCAUUUAAGCUUUAUUUUUUUAGAGAACUGGAUCAGUACAUUGCAGAGGUUGAUCGGAAGGUGAAGGUAUUAGAGAAUCCAUCCUACCUGAGGCAAGAAAUCAAAGCACUGGAUGCAGAUCGAGUGAAAGCCGAGUCUUUAAAACUUUUUCUUCAAUCUAGUGAUAGAAGGAAGGAUCUUGAAGUAAGACGAAGGAUUGCUUGCGUGAAUCAAUGGCUGAAUCAUAAGACGGAGAUUGUUAAAAGUGGAGAUUCAGAGUCAGAUGGCUGUGAUGAUCGAGAAACCCUUCGCGAACUCUUCAUGUGGAUCGAGUCAGAAACUAAGCUUCCAAUCGUUUUUCAAGUGGCAAAAAAUGGAAAAGAAGCUGUUAUCUUCAUCAUGCUGGGGCUUGUUUUGAUAUGAUUGUUAUGGACGAUUUAAUGCCCAUCAUGAAUGGAAUUGAGUCUCUCUCUCUUAAAAUCAAGAAACCAUUGAUUCAUCAACGGAGCCUAUGAUGACAAGUCGAGUUUCAGACGAGGAAGAUAGCACUCAAAUCGAACAAACCAUUGAUUCAUCAAUGGUUGUCGAACCAAUAACACCACCAACGGAGCCUAUGAUCACAAGUCAAGUUUCAGAUGAGGAAGAUAGCACUCAAACUGAACAAGAAAUUCAGGCUUUGUUUUCUCUACUGGAUACUUACAUCACAAAUUUGGAAGGAAAGUUGACCGAUGCCAAGUCAUCCAAGGCAAAAAUUGAAGCACUUCUUGAAAAAGUAAUUCAAUUGCUGAUUGAUGAACUCAAGAUCAAAGCAGAAGAUAGUGAGGAUAAAUGGUUCAUAAAGAGGGAUGGAAUGGUGGCUCCGUCCUAUCUUACAAGAAACAAUACUGAUCUUCAGCAAAUUCAGCUUCUAGUUAGAAAACUGGAUCGCUACAUGGCAAAGGUGGAUCAAGAGUUGCAUGUAUUAGAGAAUAUAUCCUUCCUGAGGGAAGAAAUCGAUAGAGAUCGAGAAGAAGCCACGACUUUGAAACUUACUCUUGAAAUUUGUGAUACAAGGAACGAUCUUGAAGUGGGAUCGUUGGUUACUUAUGCGAACCAAUGGCUGAAUGAUCAGAAGACACAGAGUGUUGAAAGUGUAGACACAAAGGGCAACAAUUUCUCGGUACUUGUUGUCCAUGACAGUCGUGAUCUUCGAGAAACCCGCCAGAGGCUCUUGGUGUUGCUUGGGUAUCAAAAGAAGCUUCAAAUGGAUGUUUCAGUGGCCAAAAAUGGAAAAGAAGCUGUUUAUCUUCAUCUUGCUGGGGCUUCCUUUGAUAUGAUUAUAAUGGAUGACCUGAUGCCCUUCAUGGAUGGAAUUGAGGCAAUAAAUCUGUUACGCAGGAUGGGUGUUGAAAGCCACAUUGUCGGUGUUACUGGUGAGUUUAAGCGACUAGCUUUCAUGGACUCAGGCGCCGACAGCUGCAUUAUAAAGCCACUGACUCUUGAAAAGCUCGCUGCUGUCUUCCGGUAAUGAACUUUGUGAGUCUAAUUGGUUCGAUCCGAGUUGCUAUUUUCUUGCAUUGUUCUUUGUUGUAGAGAUCAUGAACUCUAUGAAUAAAGUCUCGGAGCAGCUAGCAAUGCUACGAGGAUAAAAUGAAUAUUGUUAGCAUUUCAAGCUGACAGGCUAGUGUUAAUUGGCUUUAUUGUAGAAGGAAAGGACAGAAGUGGAAGAAAUUCUAGUAUUAGAUUUUGAUGUUCCUGUUCUGAUGAUCAGUCAGCUUGUUAGUGAUUUCAUGCUUAGAUUUGGACAGUCCUGCCGAAAUGAGUGCAAUGUAGAAUCUGAGGAAAAUACAUGAUCCCCUUUCUACAGCAUUUGAAUUUGUUUGCACAGCAUGUGCAAUGUACAUCUGAGGAAAAUACAUGAUCCUAAACCACAAAGGCAUUCUACUUCAUUUUUCACUGUGGCGGCUGAAUUCUGGCUUCUGCAAUUGAAUUUUGCUGAGGUGCUUUGGUUGAUUGAAACCCUCACUCUUUGGUAUAUUUCUAUAUCAUUUGAGUUCUUGAGCUCCCAUUUUCA